AUGAGCGGAAUCUUUUCCACUCUCUUUGUUGGCAUUCUUGCCAUCCAAAAUGUCGUCGCCUAUCCCAAUAGCAGCCCUGCUAACUUGGGAAAGCGCGAUCUCAAUUCUUGGAUAGCUAGUGAAUCUACCUAUGCUUUCAACGAGUUGAUCUGUAAUAUUGGCAGUGGAGGAUGCAACUCUGGUGGGGUGGCAUCUGGGCUAGUUAUUGCCUCCCCUAGCAAAUCAAACCCAGAUUAUUGGUACACCUGGACACGAGACUCGGCGCUUGUUUUUAAGUACAUCUUUGACAGAUUUCAGAGUGGUUAUACUGCCAGUCUCCAGACCCAGCUUCAAAACUACAUCGUGGCACAAGCCAAGAUCCAGGGCGUUUCAAACCCUGCCGGCUCUCUCUCGGAUGGAUCUGGACUUGGGGAGGCAAAGUAUUACGUCGACAUGUCUCCUUACACUGGAGGGUGGGGUCGUCCACAACGUGAUGGGCCAGGCCUCAGAGCAGCUGUCUUGAUCGGAUACGGCAAUUGGCUCGUGGAUAAUGGCUACACUGCCACUGCACAGUCUAUCAUCUGGCCAGUCGUUGCUAACGAUCUUGCCUACGUUGUUCAAUACUGGCAACUUAGGAAUCAAGGCGGAUUUGACUUGUGGGAAGAGGUCAAUGGCAACUCUUUCUUCACUACUGCCGCCCAGCACCGCGCUCUAGUUGAGGGCAUUCAAUUUGCAGCUAGAAUCGGCAAGACCUGCAACAAUUGUGCCACAGUCGCACCUCAAAUUCUCUGCUAUCAACAAUCGUACUGGACUUCAUCGGGUAAUUACAUUGUUUCAAACCUCAACGUGAACAACGGACGAUCUGGAAAAGAUGCCAACUCUAUUUUAACUUCGAUCCACAAUUUUGACCCAGCUGCCGGGUGUGACGCUUCUACGUUUCAGCCAUGUUCUGACCGUGCCCUUGCAAACCACAAGGCUGUUACCGAUUCUUUUAGGUCCAUCUACAGCAUCAAUUCCGGAAUACCCCAGGGAGUUGCGGUUGCAGUUGGACGGUAUGCAGAGGACACAUACUACGGUGGGAAUCCUUGGUAUCUGAAUACUUUUGCUGCGGCCGAACAACUUUACGAUGCCGUUUACCAGUGGAACCGCAUUGGCUCGCUCACUAUUACUUCGGUGUCGCUGAACUUUUUUAAGGAUAUAUAUCCAUCUGCGGCUGUCGGAACAUACGCAUCGUCGACUGCCACAUUUACUAGCAUCAUCUCAGCAACCAAGACUUACGCUGAUGGUUACAUGGCAAAGGCACAACAGUAUACACCCUCUAAUGGAGCACUUGCUGAGCAAUACUCACGGUCAAACGGCGCACCACUCUCCGCCGCUGAUCUAACCUGGUCCUAUGCUGCUUUACUCAGCGCCGCUGACCGCCGAGCUGGAAUUGUACCUCGUUCCUGGGGAUCCUCCGCAGCAAAUACUGUCCCUGGUAGCUGUAGCAGUCCUUCAUUUGGUGGAUCCUACACCAGUGCCACGAACACUGGGUUUCCAGCAAGCCAGCCGCCAGUCACCACCGCGGUGCCAACGUCUACCGGAGGCACUACUACCGCACCAACUGGGACGACUACAACUGAUGGAACUUCUUGCCCAACUCCUACAACAUGUGAGAUAUGUCAGGUGUGCCCUACAUGCCCAAGUGGUGGAACUGUCGUCCCCGUCACUUUUAACGAACUGGUGACCACUCAAGUUGGCCAGACUAUUAAGAUCGUGGGAUCCAUCCCUGAGCUCGGCAGCUGGAACACUGGUAGUGCUAUUGCUCUUUCUGGAAGCGGAUACACAAACAGCAAUCCUCUAUGGAGCAUUACUGUGAAUCUGGCAGCCGGUACAACGUUCCAGUACAAGUUCAUCAACGUUGCGUCAAAUGGUGCAGUUACUUGGGAGUCAGAUCCAAACCGCCAAUACACCGUCGCAGCAAUUGCUAGCAGCAGCUGGCGUUAA